AUGAUGCGUACAAAUUGUUACGGGAUUUGUGCACACCACAGCUACUAAAAGAAAAACAUUUCGAAGAAUUGUGUACGUUGAUGGAAAAUCAUUUUACUCCAAAAAUAAACGUUUUCCGGGAGCGAAAUAAUUUUUAUGCGGCUAGUCAGCAGGAGGGUGAAUCAAUUGCGGAUUUCAUGGCUAGACUUAGAAAUUUAUCAACAAAUUGCAAUUUUGGAGACAAACUUGAAGGUAUCUUAAUCGAUAAAUUUGUUUUCGGAUUUAAAUCGGGGAAGAUUAAGGACAGAAUUUGUGAGGAAAAACCAACCGUUGAAACAACCUUUUCCCAAAUUGUUGAUUGUACUGGCAAAAGAAACUUAUUUAUUUUUCACGGAGACAAAGGGGCAAACGAUACUGGUGACCACGGAGCGCAGAAGCACGGGCAUUUUCAAUCUAAGGGAAGCAGCAAAAAUUUCAAGGGCAAGAAUCAAGAAAUCAACACGGUACCAGAGAACAACAUUUGUCGGGUUUGCGGUAAGCAGCAUAGGGGUAUUCAAAAUUGUAAAUAUAAAAAUUAUCGUUGUAAUUUAUGUGGUACAAUAGGACAUUUAGCUAAGAUGUGUAAUAAACCUAAAAGUACAAAUUUUUUGAAUGUGGAGUCGGUAGAUGACGGUACACAUGAGAGU